AUGAUUAAAGAAUUCAGUCUGAACACUGAGCAAGCUAGGGCGUUCUCACUGAUAGCCAACCACUCCAUUGAAAAUAAUGGUGAACCUCUGCGCAUGUUUUUAGGAGGACCAGGAGGCACUGGUAAAUCGCGUGUCAUUACAGCUGUGCAAGAAUUUUUCAAACGGCGUAACCAAUGCAGUCGUUUUCGAUUGUCGUCCUAUAUGGGUGUGGCUGCACGGAACAUAUCUGGAAUGACUUUACAUUCUGCUCUUCUUCUCAAUCAGCGUAGA